AUGUCGACCCCCUCUCUCGACGACGAACUAACAAAACCCACCAGCGCACUGGAUAGUUCGCGCAUAGUUCGCGGUGAACGACUCGCCUUCCCUCCAAUCUAUGUCCUAGUCGGCGCAUACCGCCUCCUCACUGACAAGAAUCUCUACAUCCCAACAUGGGAUAAAUGUAAACAUGGAUUCGUACGCGGUGCUAUUGUUGGGCUUGGUUGGGCUACAGUGACGUUCAAUAUCCAACGAACGUUCGUCGAGGUUUUCUUGAGGAAUUCGCCACGCGUCACUGGUCUCUCGCACGACAGACUCUUCGGGUACCAACUCCCAUUCAGCAUCACAACCUACGCAACCCUCCUCUUCCUUUCAAACCAACUAACCGUCAUCCUCACUUUCUUCCUCUCCAAAAAUCUUCGCAUCGCACGAGACAGGGCAUGGGACCACACAGUCCGAUCACGCGGAAAAACUCCAGAUUUCUGGGGUCCAUACGUCGAGGAGUUCGCCGUACCUCCACGACCACGAAAAGGUGGAGGAUGGGAGAAAUGGGCGGGUAGCUUUGUUGGGCGGUUCUUCAUACGUAGAGUAUUGUUGUUGCCAUUGAAUUUCUACCCUGUCAUCGGUAUAUUCGUAGGCGCAUACCUGAAAGCAAUCGGUACAGCACGUUACUUACACAACCGGUAUUUUGAAGCAAAGAAAAUGUCAAAAGACCAAAUAGCCAUUUUCAUGGAGGAGCGUAAUUGGCACUAUCGUGCAUUUGGGUUCACUGCCUCUUUACUUGAAGGCCUCCCUAUUGUCGGCCUUGUCUUCUCCAUCUCAAACCGUGUCGGAGCGGCCAUGUGGGCACAUGACCUGGAGAAACGCCAGCACGAAUUCGCGUCCGGCCAGGUUAAACCAAUCAUGCCGACUCCUUCCAGUGAAACUGAACUCAGACCAAUGGUUGGCGGUUGGAAGGACGCAGAUAGUACUUCAGAAGAUCCUAUUCCGAAAGAAUUGUAG